AUGUCUGAUGCUGUCAACAAUGUUGCCAAUGCACUUAGGGAGACAGGUGCUACACAUGUGGAUCCUGACCUCUAUCUUGCAGUCAUGGAGAUGCAGGGCUUCACCACUGAAGCCCAUAUUGUUGCCUACACCUACCUGCUGAAAAACAAGGCUAUUGCCACAGGCUUUGUGAAGAUGGCAAUCAACCAUAGGGACAUUUGGCUGAGGAACUACCUCGUCAAGAACUACUAUAUGUAG